AUGUUUACGUUCGAUGGGAAAACUGAUGAUGCAGUGAUGGAGCUCCCUAGCUUCUCGUUUUACGAGUAUCAGAAGGAGUUGUGCCGCAUGGUGAUUUCCAAAGAUAGCAUCGUUUUCCUUCCCACGGGAGGUGGGAAAACGGUGAUUGCUGGCGGAGUAGCCUUCGCAAAGAUCAACGAAUUGCCCACCAAGAAGGUGGUGUUUGUUGUACAUCGCGUCCCGUUGGUGAAACAGCAGGCCGACGCUUUGAAACGUGUGAUGGGCGAGGAAACUGAAGUGGAGACUGUCAGUGGUCCAAAGAAAUCUGUGAAGAGCUGGGAAGAAUUCGUGAGAAAGCCUUCCCAGGUGCUGGUCAUUAUCGACAGUAUCUUUUAUAGCUGGGUUUUUGAGUGCCCCAGGGCGCUUGCCGAACAGAUCAGCCUGGUCAUCAUUGACGAAGUGCACAACGCGUUGGGGGGCUUUCCGCGAAAGCUUGUGGAAAUGAUCCACAAGGUGAGAAAGUGUGGUGGGGUGUCAGGCUCACAUGACGGCUAUGCGGACAGGCCGCUCCCGCAGAUUUUGGGUCUCACCGCCUCCCCCGUACGAUCCUUCACGCAACAUGAGAGUCUUACUGAGCUGCUCGACAUUACUCGCUGCGAGAUCGUCUCAGUAUCAAGAGAAGUACAUGACCUGCGAGACAAGGUUCCUGUUCCUCUGACUAUAGCGUUGGAGUACGUUCUUUCCCCUCCUGAGGCAGCGUUUGAGUUGUAUCUUCGCAGCAUCGUCCAGGAAAUACACGAUGAUAAUAAAGUCACAACUCAUUCCCUUCUUAAGAAAUUGUGCGCCUGUUAUGUGGCGACGCCGGCGUACGUAAACAAAUGUGAACAGCUGCAAAAUGCUGCUUUGCAAGGAACAAAAGGAAGACAUGAGUUGUUUGCCUUUACCGUGGCAAAAUUCCUUUCACACGUCUCAAAGGCUCUCACUGCAUUGGAAGAAGAGUCACUGGAACAGGCAUUUAAUCUGGUCAUGCACAAAAACGUAUUUGAUUACUUGCGAAAGGACCGAGACGCCGCGGAAUUUCUUCUGCCGUUUCUUGAAGGGAUAAUUGUGGUGAUGCAACAUCUCAAAGAGUACUAUAUGGGCCACACUAUGAGCCGAGGGGCUGAGGAAGAAUCUCAAAAUCCCUUUAGGCUCUCAUCCAAGAUAUCAUUUCUGAUGCACUUGCUGCGAUGGUUUGCAGAAAGUACAACUUCUGCGAAAGUCGAUGUUAGUGGAAUUAUAUUUUGUGAUACACGAGCUUCCGUGUAUCGCAUUAUAAGUGAAAUUAAUAAAACGCCGUUGAAGGAUAUAUACAAGCCGAGAGCUUUUGUUGGUAUGGGAAAUACCCUCUUGGACGAUGAAGACGUACAUAUGACCGAAGCACUACAGAGGAGGGUGUUGGAAGACUUUAGAGGAGGCGUGACAAAGCUUUUGGUGGCAACUUCAGUGGCUGAGGAGGGACUGGAUAUUGCCUUGUGCAACAUUGUUAUACGAUACGACUCCUGUAUGACGCUCCGCAGCUUCAUUCAAAGCCGCGGUCGCGCAAGGUCACGUAACGCUGUUUUUUUUGUUUUCGAACAUAUGAAGCGGCCGUUUAAGGUUGCGAAAGUUGCAGCGAAGGCAGUGGCGAUACAGGAUGAAAUCGUAAAGACGGCCGUUAGGAGGCAAAGAACGCUCGCUAUGGAGCAGCAUCCGUGGCAAAUGGACCCAUCGUGGUGGCUGAAACGGUUGGAAGAGCAGCCCUGGGCCACUGUUCUGAGGAAGGAGACAGAAAGGGGUUUUGGUGGCACAGAGGGCGCGUGGGUAUGUGAGUUCACCGCUCUCAUUUCAGGAAAGGAAGGGUCUCCGAUUCCUGUGUCAAAAAAAUACAACGCUGUUGGAAAUGGAUCGCUUUGGAAUGCAAGGAGAACGGCGGAGAGGAUGUUAUGUGAUGCCUUGGGAGUUGCAGUAUUUUCUUCGCUUGCUCCAGAGUGUGGUGAGAAUUCAAAAAAUAUGCCGCUGAAGUUUUUGUCGGGUGGUCUCUGCGUCUGUCAAACAUCCACUAUUUCUGCGGAGGAGUUGCGGAAGAAGUAUGCCCCUGAAGCCGAAGAGGUGGAGAAAUACAGUGCAUUAGAUUGGCAUUCACAGAAGCCCUCAUAUUUACUGUUGGAGGAGGUUCGCCGCCGCCGGCUACCAAAACACGAGAUUGAUGUGGACCACAAGGGAGAAACGUGCACUAUUCGCAUACGUGUUUCUCGACGGACAUCCAUGGGUGAGUUUGAGUCAAAGGAGUUCUUGGAGGACGGAGACAACCCACUGGAGCAGGCCUCGCUGGAGGCCCUUCGCUUUCUGGGCGUUAUAUUUUUUAAAGGUGUGCCAUCAAAUGUUGUGCAGCUCAUCGAUGUAUUGGCUAUGCGACACAAACUCAUUGGAGGCGACGCAGCAUGA